CACGUAUUGUAAAACGAAGGGAAAGCGUCCGCCCCGGCUGUCUGCUUCUUUUGUAGGAAGUGUUGUUCAGACGUUAGUUGUUCAUCUAAACGAAAACACCAGUGUAAGGGGCAGUCUUUCAGCAGAAGCAGAGUGUGAGUUUAAGCCAUGGCUGGACCUGUCAGUCUGGAGUUGGAUCCCAUCUUCCUGAAGGGACUGAGUUACCUGCACUCCAAGAGUAAAGACUCAGCUGAGAAACUCAAAGCUUUACUAGAUGAGUCGCUUUCAAGAGGAAGUGACUCAUCCUACCGUUCAUUACAAAAAGAUAUAGAGGUGUCCAAAGGGUCUGUGUCAAAACUGAGCCUAAGUAAACAGGACUCCAAGUCCUCCUCAAGUUCCUCAUCCUCCAGCAGCAGCAGUGGCAGUAGCAAAUCCAGCUCGGAAAAAAGCAAGAAAGAGGGAGAGAAGAGACUCUCUGAGAAGGUCAGGGUUGACUUGGGUGAGGUGGACCCUCCGAAAAAGCCUCGUUUGGAUAAACAGGAGAAUCGUUCUUCACCAAUUACCGUUCAGACGAGCAAAGACCUUCUGCCAAACAUAAAUGACUAUGAUGAGACCAAUGCUGAUGACUUUGCCAUGGAAAUGGGCCUGGCUUGUGUGGUCUGCAGACAAAUGACAGUGUCCAUGGGAAACCAGUUGGUUGAGUGCCAGGAGUGCCAUAAUCUCUACCACCAGGACUGUCACAAGCCCCAAGUGACAGACAAAGAAGUAAAUGAUCCACGGCUUGUGUGGUAUUGUGCGCGUUGCACCAGGCAAAUGAAACGUAUGGCCCAGAAACCUCCACAGAAGCCAUCCCCAGCAUCUGCAUCAUCUGCGCCUGUUGUAAAAGACACACUGGUGAAAAAGGCAGAGCUUAAAGCCAAGCCUGACACAGCCAGCACCUUCCAAGCCUUCAAAAGAACAGAAGUGAAGGCAUCCACAUCAACAUCAGCCAAUCCCACCACCAGCAGCUCCUCCUCCUCAGGCAGUGGUCUUACAGGCUGGGCUGCAUUUGGCGCCAAGACGAACCCAUCUCUUCCUACCAGCUCAAAACUAGGUUCUUCAGGCCCAAGUGGGAGCCACAAGACCUUGACAACUCCCUCUGGCCAGAAACCUGUCGGGCUGUCUGGGCUAGCAGGAGCCAAGUCAGGACUUGCAGGUGCAAAGAUACCUGGGAACGGCAAUGGAAACGGCUCUAGCCAGGUGCCUCUGAAACCUCCUCCACCCCUGACUCUGGGUAAGCAGCCACUGAACCGUUCGUCGAGCGGCGAAAGCCAGGGGAAAGGGUCUGCCUCCUCAGGGGCCGGUUCCCCCAGCGGCUCCCUGGUGAGUGCAGGAGGGAACGGAGGCAGUAAUGGAGGAGGGAACGGGAACAAUGGGAAUGGGUCAAAGGCUGCAUCAGGGGACAAAGCACCAACAUCCCAAGAGUCCCAGCUUAACGCCAUGAAACGGUUACAGCUGGUGAAGAAGAAAGCAGCACAGAAGAAACUGAAGAAAUGAGUAGAGGUAGAGAGAACAAACCAAGAGGGAGGUGUGAGGGAGUAGAAAGUAAACGCCUGGAAUUAGUGCCAGAGCAAUAUGUUUGUUAUACAAGAGAAUCUGUACAUGAGUAACACCAUCCAGUCAAAUACUUGAAUCUUACUUUGUGUAAAUGCUGCUGGAGUCUGUAUGCCUCGUUCUGUCCUAAGAAACCUAACCAUUGACAGUGACUCUCACUCUUUAUCAACAAACAUCAUUAAAUCUCCUCUUGUAAAUUGGCAGUAGCAUCAA